CAGGGCAGCGACUCAUCGGGCGGUUGAUUGAGAGUCUCUUUGCUCACGCGAGCCUGAUGCAAUAGACAGAGAUAUACUGCAACAUCUGUCCAUAUGUCUCAUUCAAGAUCAAUGUCAGGGGGAGAGGUCGAUGCGGAUGAUCAUGAUGAACAGGAGCAAGAGGAAGAGGAGGAGGAGGGAAGGGGGGGUAGACGAGGGUGAUGAUGACUCAGUGCGCAAGGACUUAGACCACCUGCGCUUCCAUACUGUGCUGCUUCAGCAUCUCUACACAGGCGAUCCCAUCAUCACGACGAAUGUAUUUGGUAAGCGCGUCCAGCAGUUGUCGACCGAGCAGCGGAUCUCGGUAAUGAAGCAGAAAGCUGUAUCCCAGCCCACGUUCAAGCACAGAAGAUGGAUGGGAAGCAAAAAAAACAUUGUAUCAGACGGCGGAAUAGAAUCCAUCAGCAACAUUGAAACUAAGCUGCCACCACUGCGCGGUGAGGGCGGCAGCUUUGCGAGCUAUGUUACGGAGCUGGAGAGAGUAGAGGGAAAGCUGACAACGGCAACAACUGGUUCAAGAAGCAUAAGUGGGACGCGAGAAGGGCCAGGGAUGCGGAGUACAGACUCAUAACGGAUCGCCUACUCAAAUUGGUCGGAGGUCGAUCGGCAGAAGAAGAGAGGAAGCCAAUAAGGUUGCGAUUGGGGUUGGUCUGGGCAAGUUUUCGACCAAGACGACUUUCCUCUUUGCACAAGUCCUUUCAGUCG